GAAGGAAUUUUAACCAAUACAAUUCCAUGUGAACAAACGGAAACAGGAAAAUACCCUGGAGUUUAUGUUUUCCCACCGGUAAAGGGUCUCAAAAAUAGACGACCUGUAACUGGCUUAGACUUUGCAUUAUUAUAUCCAAGCUUUAUCAUGACAUAUAAUCUCUUACCUGAUAAAAUCAUUUUAUCUCGAGAGCGUGCUGAAUCUCUAAAGGAAAGUGAGCAUGGAAAUCAAGCUGAAAUGAAAGACUUUUAUCCAAAAGUAUUAGAGGAGUUGCUUAUUAAAUGA